AGAGAGAGAGACAGCGAGAGAGAGAGAACAUCCAUACAGUCUCCCAACAUCACCUCCACCACCUGCUCCAGCGCAGCCAGAGGAGGAGGACGCACAAGUGCAGGCGCGUCCAUGCGUGUCACCCGCACGAGACAAUAAAGCGGGCAAAAGAGCGCGCAUCCACAUUUGGAAUAAGAGUUGACCUUAAGAACUCUUUGGGGUUUGUGCAGAAGCGCCGUUGCCAGAAGACCCAGACGGCCUGAAUGAGCGCGCGCCACGAACAGUCAUGCAUCUGAACAGAGAAGAAGACAACAGCAAAGGCUCACUGUCUCUCAGUGUGUUCCUGGUGUCUGUUGCAUUCAUCGUGUGUGCCGUUUGGCUAAUAGCUCUGUGUGGCAUCUGUACCUGGUGUCGGCGUAAACUGGGGAAGAGGAAUAAGCCUGGGGUGGAAGCUGCCAGCUCUCCAGAAUCUGUGAGAGGUCGAGGGGAAAAUAAAGCCAUCAAUGAUCUAGACAGAGACUUUUGGAAUAACAAUGACAGCAGCAAUGUGCAACAGCGAUGGAGCUCUUACCCGCCGAAGGAGUUCCUCUUAAACAUGUCUCCCUACGCUCCAUAUGGAGACCCUCGCCUCACGCCCAAUGGUGCCGUGGAUAAGGGUGGGCAGGGCGGUGCUGGACCCUCACCAGGGGCCAAUGAGACCGUGGUUGGUGCUGCCUCUGGGACUGGGGAAGGACCCAGUCGCAGUGACAGUGUACGAAGCAUGCUGACAGGGGGCAGCAAGGCUGGACGGUGGCACACAGUCCAGAGCCACUUGCGUGCUGGAGGCCUGCGGUCUUGCAAUUUUGGGAACGCUUCUCUGUCUUCGGCUUCCACCCUGGAGCACAUCCCAUCCUCGGCUGUGGCACGCCCUCGGCCCCUGGUCCGACAACAGAGCCUCCAACAGCCCCUCACUCACCAGCCCCCACCGGGUCCUAACGAUCCCCCAGUCACUUCACAGAGCCUGGGCCAACUGCACACAGGCCCAGGCGGCGGGGGCCACCGUGGGGGCCCGCGAGGGGUCCGGGGGAGUUCGGCUGGAGCCUCCAGGUACAGAGGGGCGGGGACAGGCCAAUCAAGAUCAAAUCCAGGUAGCUGGGACCACAUGAUGGAACAGAUCCGGCACAGAGGUCUGGAUGUCAAGUCUUUCCUUGAAGGGAAGAUGGUUGUUUUAUCUCUGGCAAUUGGACUGGCUGAACAGGAUGACUUUGCCGACCUCCCAGAUCUGCAGGAAGCACCAGCAUGUAAAGAAAAUGAAACCACGCCAGAAAAAAGGACCCCGGGUAACAAGCCAGGCAGUGGCUCCAGAGGUCAGACCCGAGAUGAGGCCGGACACCGCCAUGGGUCGAGCUACAACGCCAGCUCCUCUGUUUCUGACUUGGCAAACUCAGUCACCAGUGACAUGCUCAUGCUGUCUCCAGGUUCAGAGGAAGAGGAACCUGAGGGUCACGUAUGUGAAAAGUUGGGCCGGAUACAAUUCAGCGUGGGAUACAGUUUCCAGGACUCCACCCUCACUGUCAAAAUUCUCAAGGGCCAAGAUUUGCCUGCUAAGGACUUUUCUGGCACCUCGGAUCCAUUUGUCAAAAUCUACCUGCUGCCAGACAAGAAACACAAGUUGGAGACUAAAGUCAAAAGGAAGAAUCUGAAUCCCCACUGGAAUGAGACCUUCCUGUUUGAAGGUUUCCCAUAUGAGAAGGUGGUCCAGAGAACUCUUUACCUGCAGGUUCUCGACUAUGACCGCUUCAGCCGGAAUGACCCCAUAGGAGAGGUGUCCAUCCCUCUCAACAAACUGGACCUGGCCAACAUGCAGACUUUCUGGAAGGAGCUGAAACCAUGUAGCGAUGGCAGUGGAAGUCGAGGGGAUCUGCUGGUGUCUCUGUGCUACAACCCCACAGCCAACACCAUCACUGUGAGCAUCAUCAAAGCACGCAAUCUCAAAGCCAUGGACAUUGGAGGCACCUCAGACCCAUAUGUGAAGGUGUGGUUAAUGCACAAGGAUAAGCGUGUGGAGAAGAAGAAGACAGUCGUUAUGAAGCGCUGCCUGAACCCAGUUUUCAAUGAGUCCUUCCCGUUUGAUGUGCCCGCCCAUGUGCUGAGGGAGACAACCAUAAUAAUUACAGUCAUGGACAAGGACAGGCUCAGUCGCAAUGAUGUCAUUGGAAAGAUUUAUCUGUCAUGGAAAAGUGGUCCUGCAGAGGUAAAACACUGGAAAGAUAUGAUGGGUCAUCCUCGUACUGCCGUGGCCCAGUGGCAUGCUCUCAAGGCUUGAGAGACCCAGCGACCAACCUGCCUACUCUUCCCAGCAUUCAGCAUCAGCUCCUACCCUCAGCCCACAUCUCCUACUCCUAACGGGCUGCAGACAAUCUGUAUCAUGUCCUCGUUCUCAGGCCUCUUUGAUCAUCCAUGGCACUCUGGUCAAGUUCCAAGUUCCCACCUGAGUCCUCUCACCCUUCUGU